AUUCCACCUCCACCAGUUCCGAUUCAAUCUCCACCAGCUUCGAUUCCACCUUCACCAGCUCCGAUUCCACCUCCAUCAGCUCUGAUUCAAUCUCCACCAGCUUCGAUUCCACCUUCACCAGCUCCGAUUCCACCUCCACCAGCUCUGAUUCAAUCUCCACCAGCUCCAAUUCCAUCUCCACCAGCUCCGAUGCCACCUUCACCAGCUUCGAUUCCACCUUCACCAGCUCCGAUUCCACAUCCACUAGCUCCAAUUCCACUUACACCAGCUGCGAUUCCACUGCCAUCAGCUCUGAUUCAAUCUCCACCAGCUCCAAUUCCAUCUCCACCAGCUCCGAUGCCACCUUCACCAGCUUCGAUUCCACCUCCACCAGUUCCGAUUCCACCUCCACCAGCUCUGAUUCCACCUCCACCAGCUCCGAUUCCACCUCCACCAGCUCUGAUUCCACCUCCACCAGCUCCGAUUCCACCUCCACCAGCUCUGAUUCCACCUCCACCAGCUUUUAUUCCACCUCCACCAGCUCUGAGGCGCCGGGCACCAGCUCCGAUUCCAGUUGUCGAUCCAUCUCCGAUUCUACUAUUACAUCUCCACCCGCUUCGAUUCCACCUGCACCAGCUUCGAUUCCACCUGCACCAGCUCCGAUUCCACCUGCACCAGCUUUGA